AUGAGUGCACCUUCAGAUGCACACUAUAGAGCUACUACUCGUGUGCUUCGUUACUUAAAACAAUCCCCAGCUCGUGGCAUUUUCUUAUCUGCUUCCUCUGAUUUGCAGAUCCUGGGUUUUAGUGAUGCAGAUUGGGGUGGUUGUGUUGAUACAAGACGUUCCAUUUCAGGGUAUUGCUUUUUCAUUGGCAAAUCCCUAGUUUCUUGGAAAUCUAAGAAACAAAUCACUGUUAGUUGCUCCUCAGCUGAAGCUGAGUAUCGUGCUUUAGCUGUAGCCACGCGGGAACUUCAAUGGAUGUGCUAUCUCCUGCAUGAUCUUCAGCAACACCCUUCUAGACUCCCGGUCUUAUAUUGCGACAACCAAAGUGCCAUCCAUAUCUCUGCAAAUCCUGUCUUCCACGAACGCACCAAACACUUGGACAUUGAUUGUCACCUGGUACGAGAAAAGAUUCAAGCUGGUGUUAUGCGUCUUCUCCCUGUUCCUUCUCGUGACCAGGCAGCAGAUGUCUUCACCAAGGCCCUUGGUCCACGUCCCUUCGUUGAGUGUCUCACCAAGCUUGGAUUGGUUGAUAUUUACCAACCUCAAGCUUGCGGGAGGGUAUUAACAGACUUACACACUAGCCCUACGUUGCAUGAAGAUAACGUUUCCACUUUGCAUGAGGAGAAUGAGUCCACACAUGGCCCUGAAAGUGGUGUUCCUCCACCUCCACCACCUCCACCUCCUCCACCUCCUCAUACUCCUGACCCUGUUCCGGAUCCUACUCAAAAUAGGAGAGUCGUCCAAAUUCCUAUGCCAGAAGAAGAUCACUGGGAAGACUUUAUGACUCAACCUGAAGACACUGCAAAUGAAAAGAUACGCAUGCUUGAGGAAAAGAUGCGUGCCUUUGAGAAUCAAGAUGUUAUGGGAAUGGAUUUAUCAGAUAUGGGUUUGGUUCCUGGUGUGAGAAUUCCGCACAAGUUCAAAGUGCCUGAUUUUAUCAAGUACAAAGGGAAUUCUUGCCCAAAGACCCAUGUGCGAGCUUAUUACAGAAAGAUGUCCGCUUAUUCCAAUGAUGAGAAACUUCUGAUGCAUUUCUUCCAGGAUAGUCUGACUGGGGGAUCUCUGGACUGGUACAUGCAACUGGAGAGGGCUCAUGUGCGAAGCUGGAAGGACCUGGUGAAUGCUUUUGUAAGGCAUUACCACUAUAAUUCAGAUAUGGCGCCAACUCGGACUCAACUUCAGAAUUUAACUCAAGAGUCUGCUGAAUCAUUUAAAGAGUAUGCGCAAAGGUGGGGCGAGAUGGCUGCCCGAGUACAACCUCCACUGAUGGAACGUGAACUUGUUGAUCUAUUCAUGGGUACUCUUCAAGGGGUUUAUUAUGAUCGUCUAGUUAGUUGUGCCACUGCUGGUUUCUCAGAUUUAGUCACUACUGAUAAGGGUAAAAAGGUUUUUGGUAGCCAUCAGAAGAGAAAAGAAGCAGAAGUCAGUACUGUUUAUGCCGGUAAGGGAAAAGAACAUGUGACUGCCGUUACUAUCCCUGCUAGUGCUCCACGCCAGGAACAACAGAAACCACAAAAUACUCAACAAAGGCCGAGAAGGCAACUCACUCCUCUGCCCAUGUCUUACACUCAAAUAUUCCACUAUCUGCGCAAAAUUAAUAUGAUCGAGUUACGCACCUGGAGAGUCCCUAGCAAACUCCCUACCGGUCAUAACCCUAAUGCUAGUUGUGAAUUUCAUUCUGGGGCCGUAGGGCAUGAUCUUGAGAACUGCUGGGCAUUCAAAUUCGCAGUACAAGACCUUAUUGACUCAGAAGCUAUAGAGUUUGAGGCUCCCAAAAAGCCAAAUGUGAUCCAAAAUCCAAUGCCACCUCAUGGUGGUGCUGCUGUCAACGCAAUUACUUUUGGAGAGGAAUUGAAUUUGGUCACGGAUGUUAACUUUGUGGCUACCCCACUGAAGUUUGUGAAGGAAUAUCUUCUGAAAAGAGAUGUGUUUUCUGGAUGCACCAAAGAUUGCGAGGACUGUUUGAAAUCAGAAAAUGGAUGUGUUCGCUUAAAAGAUGGGAUCCAAUUUUUGAUAGAUGAAGGCUCGCUACAAUUUGAUCGAUUGAAACCCAGAAAGGAUGAGGAAGUUGAUGUCAUUACCAUACCGGUACCUGCAAAAAAGAUUGUUGUCCCAAUACCUGCAAAGAAACCUGUUGUGCUGAUUACUUCACCCGGUCCUAUUCCUUAUGAGAGCGACAAAGCUAUUCCAUGGAACUAUGGGGCAGAAGUCUUUUUUCAAGGGAAGAAAGUUGAUAUCCAGACUACUGCUGAAACAGAUGUGAAUGAUGUUGGUGGGAAUGGGAGAAUGACUCGUAGUGGUCGUGUGUUUUCCCCUCCCAAACUGGCCGAGGAAAAUACUGAAGCUUUAGCAAAAGCUAAAGGAAAGAGGAUUGUCGUUGAAGGGGCUGAAGAAGAACCAUUUGUUGCUACACCAGAAAUUCAGUUACAGAAUACUCAAGGUGAGGGUUCGAAUUCUGGUAUGCCGUCCAAAAAAGAAGUUGAAGAGUUGAUGAGGUAUAUCCGUAAAAGUGAUUACAAGGUGAUCGAUCAGUUGGCACACACGCAGUCCAAGAUUUCCAUCCUCUCUCUGCUAAGGGAUUCCGAGAGUCAUAGGAAUGCUCUUCUAAAGUUGUUGAACAGUUCAUUUCUGCCUCAAGAAAUUUCUGUGAAUCAGUUUGAAAAUGUUUGUGCCAACAUCACUGCUAGUAAUGGGAUGGGUUUUACAGAUUUUGACUUACCACCUGAAGGGAGGAAGCAUAACAAAGCUCUUCAUAUCUCUUUGGAAUGUACUGGUGUGACAUUGUCUCGUGUGCUGGUUGACACUGGCUCAUCUUUGAAUGUGCUUCCAAAAGCUGCGCUUAUGAAGCUUAAUUAUCAAGGGGUGGAGAUCCGACCAAGUGAACUCACAGUAAGGGCUUUUGAUGGUUCUUGCAGAUCUGUGUUCGGCGAAGUUGAUCUUCCUGUGAAGAUUGGACCAGAAACUUUCAAUGUGACCUUUUUUGUUAUGGAUAUCCGACCUGCAUACUGUUGUUUGCUUGGGAGGCCUUGGAUUCAUCAUGCUGGGGCAGUUUCCUCUACUUUGCACCAAAAACUGAAAUUUGUUGUUGAUGGUAAGACUGUUACCGUGUGCGGCGAGGAGGAUUAUGUUGUUAGUCAUCUCAAUUCUUUCAGGUACGUGGAGGUAGAAGGUGAGGUACAUGAGACACCAUUCCAAAGUUUUGAGGCUGUUCAAACUAUCAAGAUCCCUCGUGUUGAGGAAGAAAAGAGGGAUGAGGUACCCAUGGCUUCGUUUAAACAAGCUCAGGCUGUUGUUGAGUCCGGUAACCCUGAAGGUUGGGGUAAAGUGCUUGAUAUCCCCACACAGAAAGAUAAGAAAGGACUCGAUUUUCAGAAUGGAUCAGGAUGGAUGGCCCCUCCUCAUGCUCAGAAGGUUCCGGUUCCGAUCAAAUUUCUCAGUGCUGGUUUUAGCCAAGGAGGAGAUAUCUGCACGACGGAGGACGAGGAGGAUAGUGACUAUGAUAUGGACAAUUGGAUUCAACCCAACAUCCCAGGACAAAGACUUUCCAAUUGGACUACUGAAGACCGCAUCUUGGUUACUCGCGAGGAGGAGUAA